AAGCAACCUUGGCAUAACCAGCAGUAGUAGCAGGGAUCUCGGAAUGAGUGUCGCCGUUUUGUUUUCUGCUAUGCAGUGUUUUCGUCGUCAUAUCGCUUUACGGGAUUUGUCUAUCUCAAUGGUCAUCUAAAGAAAGCAAACAAAGUGUGUUUCUGCCGCUGGAAAUACCCGUAAAACGGGAACUUCGAACAAUCAAACAAACUCUUCAGUUACAGUGCGUAAUUGUCUGGUGUGUCUUGUACGUUGGAAGAGGAACGGGAAAACCCGAGAUAUUAUUGAACAAAUCUUUAAAGUGAGAUCGCCCCUCCUAGUAGCUGGUGAAACAGUUCAGUGCUUCAAAUCUCGUUUUCCCUAAAUCCAUACGUUAUAGUACGGUCGCCAUCUUUUGCGUCGUGCGUUUUCAUCGAAACAUUUCAUUCCUUUAUUCGUUUGUUUUGCGAAGUUCUUCAUGUAGUUCGGAUUCUUCGUGUGAUGAAUUGCGUGUUGGAGUGGCCGGGAUUCGGCGAGAGAAACAACACCGACACGGCGUCCGUUGGAUAUUGACCAGUGUCUGGAGCUGUAGCGGUGGCGCUAGCUGUCACUGAAGGGUUGGAAACCGGUGGAUACUAUGGAUACCGGUUGAAUUUAAACACACGUAUCAAACAGCUAAAAAAAAAAAAAAAUAAAUGAAAGGAGAAAAAAGGUGCCAGUGCAAAGAAGUGAAAAUGACAGACAAAAUGAUUGUUGAAGAACGGAUAACCCAUGAACCGGAUCGUUUGAUUGGCGGCCUGUUCCGUCAAGUUGAUCGAAACACAUGUCCAACAUUAAGGACUCGACGACGUGGAUGCUCUUUCCUUGUUACUGUCGUCGUUUUCUUGAUCACUUUGGAUUGGCUCGAAGCCUCUUUGCUCUCUUCGCUUCAGGCACCUCUUCCCAGUUCCUCCAUCGACGUCUAUCGGCCUCUACGAGAGCAAGAGAUUUGUCCCAGUAUAGAAGUUCGAAAUGGCCCCCAACAGUUUGUGGAAUUGGAGGGCUGCCGCGUUGUGGAAGGCUUUCUUCAUAUUGUUUUAAUGGAGAAUAUGGAAUUAGCCGCCGACUUGAAUAAUCGCAGUUUUCCGGCUCUUCGGGAAAUCACGGGCUAUUUGCUGUUUUAUCGCGUCUUCGGGCUACGCUCUAUCGGACAGCUCUUCCCAAAUUUGGCUGUCAUUCGCGGCCAGCAACUUCUUUUUGACUUCUCUUUUGUCGUAUAUGAACUGGUGCAAUUACAGGAAAUCGGACUUAGAUCUUUGGCGGAAUUGCAGCGCGGUUCCGUCUUGAUUGAGAAAAAUCCAAAUCUUUGCUACGUGGAAUCAAUCGACUGGGGCCGGAUUGGUCAUUCUGGACGCCUCAAUCAUUUCAUUCAGGGUAAUAAAAAGGCCAGUGAAUGUCCCAAAUGUCCUGAUCGUUGUCCAGCUGGUGGUGAUGGACGAAGACUUUGCUGGAACAAUGACGACUGUCAAAAAGUAUGCGAUCAAUGCGGUCAAGGCGGCAGCGGGGCAUGCAGCAUGAUUUCGAAAGAAGUUGGACGUCCAUCCGAAAUGCAGUGCUGUCACGAGGAAUGCGCCGGCGGAUGCAGCGGCAACCAGAGCAACCAGUGCGACGUUUGUAAACACGUCAUCCACAAUGGCGAAUGCCGAUCUGUUUGCCCUCCGGGCCAUUACCUGUUUAUGAAACGGCGCUGCGUCACGGACAUCGAGUGCAUUACAAUGCCAUCUCCUCGUCAAUCUGCUCAAGAAUAUCCGCGUGUCGAACGGAAAUGGAAAGUGUUUGAUAAAACGGAAGAAUGCAUUUUGGAAUGCCCACCUGGUUUCCAGGAAGAGGGAAAGCAACACAAUGGAACGUCGUAUUUUACGUGCGUGCCUUGCCAAGGACCUUGUCCCAAGAUUUGCAAAGGAUCAUUUUUGAGUAAUAUUGAAACGGUUCAAAAGCUACGCGGAUGCACAACAAUCGAUGGAGAUCUAGAAAUGCAAAUAAAAGGCGGUGACAAUAUCAUUCAGGAAUUGGAGAGGAGUCUUGGCAGCAUCGAAGUGAUCCGAGGUGUCCUCAAAAUCACACGAUCCUUUCCCAUCCUUUCGUUGAGUUUCUUCAAGAGCUUGAAGACCAUUACCGGGAAGCCGGAUGCGUUACAUUCCAUUGGGAGUAAAAAUUUUGACGACGAAUACGCAUUGAUGGUCCAGGACAACCAAAACCUGCAGCAGCUUUGGCCCAAGACGCAGAAUUUGACGAUUCACAAAAAGAUUUUGUUCCAUUUCAACCCGAAACUCUGUUUGAACUUGAUCGAAGAGCUCGUCAAUUCUAGUAGACUUCCAGGCACUGAGGCGUUUAAGUACUCAGACGUGGACAUCUCACCGUGGUCGAACGGCGAUAAGGCCACGUGCGAUGAACAACUACUCAAUGUCACAGUCAUUAACAAGUCCGACAAAAACAUGCAACUUAGCUGGAACAAUUUCAGAGCUACUUUAGCGGAUAAACGGCAGUUGUUAGGCUAUGUAAUCUCCUAUAUUGAGGCUCCUUAUGCCAAUAUCUCGUACUUUGAUCGGCGUGAUGCUUGCGGUGGUGAUGGAUGGACGACCAUCGACGUCCCAGCAAACGCUGAAGCCGAACCAGAAGAAAAUGAACUCACCAUCAUUACUAAUCUAAAGCCUUACACUCAGUACGCCAUCUACGUCCAGACGUACACAGUAGCACCUCAACACUCUGGCAAAAGGAUUGGCGCUCGUAGUCUCAUUUUGUACGAGAGAACGAGUCCAGCUGAACCCGACCAGCCUGAAGAUUUGAGGGCGUAUGCCAAUUCCAGUUCAGAACUCAUCAUCGAAUGGAAACCACCCAUUAAUCCGAACGGGAUUGUGUCAUUUUACAUCGUCACCGGAAGUUGGCGGAAAGACGACCAAGAUUAUGUUGACAAACACGAUUCCUGCGCUGAGCAUGUUAGUUCACUGGUUGUCAGUGAGACGAAGAAAGCCGUUGAGGAGGCAUCCCCAGACAAUCGAACAUCGAUCUUUAGCGAUCCGACUCUUCUUGGAAUCGGCGUGGGAGGAAAUAACAACGCCGGAGGUGGUAGCGGUGGCGCUGUUAACACUCAGCAAGGGAAGUGUUGUGAAUGUACUGGGCCGAGCGAUAAAAUUACAUUGGAGAAGAAAGAAAAAGAACAACAAUUCAAGAUUGAAUUUGAAAACUUCCUGCAUGACAAAAUUUAUGUCAAAGACACCCAUAGCUUCGCCAGAAACAAACGUCACGUUGAUACAACGACCGCAGUGGGUGAACAAGAUAUAGAAUUCCCAGAAGACAAGGCAAUAAUUAAUUCGUCGCAGAACCGAGCGACGGCCAUGAUAGCUAAUGAAAAUCACACCAACAUCUACGAUAAUAAUCGGCUGGUCACCUUUUAUCAAAAAGUGACUGGAACGAGCUACACGGUGGUAGGCGUACGACACUAUGCCGAGUAUACGAUUAAAGUUGUUGCUUGUCAUGAAACUGAUCCCAACACGGGUAAAAGCCUUUGUAGUAUGACUGCCGUUACGUCAGCUCGCACCAAGCAGAGUGAUUAUGCCGAUGAUAUCGUUGGUGGUAUAAUGAGAUACGACUCGAAUCACACGUCUCGAUCGAUCAAAAUUGGAUGGAAUGAACCGGAGGAUCCCAAUGGUCUUAUAACGAAAUACCUACUUGAGUACAAACGAUCAGACAACGGCAAAAUCGUUAAAGAAUGCGUUCGUCGAAAAGACUUUGUAGAAAGCAACAAAACCCGAGUGCUGGGAGAUCUAAUACCUGGAAACUACUGCGUCCAAGUCCGGGCUUUUUCUUUAGCUGGGUCUGGCCCACCCACAAAGGACGUUUGCUUUCUUAUUGAGGAACACUUCAAUGGACUUAGUGGCAGCAUUCUUACCGGUAUUCUCGUCCUUGUGUUAAUAGUAAUCAUAUCGAUUCUAUGCAUUGGAUACUUCAUGAUGAAGAACAAAAAGAACAAGGAUGAACAUGGAAUCAUAUCCAUCAAUCCGGAUUACCAUAAAUAUGUUCCCGACGAGUGGGAAGUGGCCCGAGAGAACGUAGUCAUCCUGCAUGAACUGGGUCAGGGCUCUUUUGGCAUGGUUUACGAGGGUCUGUUGCGCAACACGGUUCCCAACGAGCCCGAGGUCAAGUGCGCUGUGAAGACUGUCAAUGAAAAAGCCACCAUCAAUGAGCGAAUUGAAUUUCUCACGGAGGCCUCGGUUAUGAAGGAAUUUAAUGCACACCACGUUCUUAAACUAUUGGGAGUUGUUUCAAAAGCCCAGCCGACGUUAGUCAUCAUGGAAUUGAUGGUUAAUGGAGAUUUAAAGUCUUACUUGCGUUCCCAUCGCCCAGACUGUGAAGAAAAUGUUGAUCAAGGCCGCCAACCACCUACGCUCAAGUGCAUCUUGAAGAUGGCCAUCGAAAUCGCCGACGGCAUGUUGUACCUGUCUGAGAAGAAGUACGUCCAUCGCGAUUUGGCCGCUCGUAAUUGCAUGGUGGCCGGCGAUCUGACGGUCAAGAUAGGCGAUUUCGGGUUGACGCGCGACAUUUACGAGACGGAUUAUUACCGCAAAGGAGGUAAAGGGCUUUUGCCCGUCAGGUGGAUGGCACCCGAGUCGCUGCGGGACGGCGUCUACACCUCGCAGUGCGACGUCUGGAGUUUUGGCGUCGUCCUCUGGGAAAUGGCCACUUUGGCUUCGCAGCCCUACCAGGGUUUGACCAACGAGCAGGUUCUCAAGUACGUCAUCGACGGCGGAGUCAUGGAACGGCCCGAAGGGUGUCCAGACAGGCUAUAUAUUCUUAUGGAAAGUUGUUGGCAAUUCCUUGCCAAGAAACGACCCACUUUUAUUGACCUCAUCGAAAAUCUUCUACCUGACGUUCCAUCGCAGUUUGCAAGUGUAUCCUUUUACCAUUCAGACGCUGGUGUCAGUGCCCGUGCUGCUCUCAAGGCGCAAUACGAGAAAGAGACACAGUUUUUUAAUGAUCCAUCUUCAUCGCUUCGUGAAGCAUUACUUGAGAGUGGGGAUUUUCUCGUGAGUGACCCUUUAUCACAAACUCGGCUUUAUGGAAGUGCCGACAUUUUGCAAAUCGAUGACGAACGACAAAUCGACAAUGAAAGUGGAAUACCGCUUGUCUCUGAUCCGCGAUUCGAAAGCAGAAGAAAUGCUGAUGGCGAAGAAGAUCUAAGAGAUGACGAACUUGGUGACGAAGAUCAUGUUCCGGUCCUUUUCCCGCAUGAUAGAGGUGGUGCCUAUAUUCUUGUGAAAAAUCCUAGCGGUCAUGUGGCUUCCAACGGCAACGGCAGCAAAAGUGACAGCUCCAAGGGGACUACCUCGGUGGCCAGCGAGGACAGCAAAGGCAGUUACGUGAGCAACGGCAGCACGUCCAACGGUUACGUCAUGGGCAUCUUGAAACAGCGACGGCAUAACAACACAGAAUGCUGACGAAUUUCUCCAUUAUCUCUCUCAGUCUCCUCCGAGUUAUAAUCUACCUCGUGCAAACCAGUGUUUUGUCUGUCAGUUUACCUACAAGAAAGGGAAUAGCUCAUAACAGAAACAAACCAGUGCAUUUGCAAACAAAAAAGUCUCUUCGAUUAUCUCCUUCAUUAUUAUCUGACAUUUAUUUUUCAGUGUAUUGUUUGUACUUAUAAAUGUAUAUAUAUAUAUGUAUAUGUAACCCUAAGCCAGUGUAUAUACUGAACGUUCCGGUAAAAAAUGAAUUUUGUGACUGCCGAAAAAAAGGAACCCUGACGUUGUGGAUAACACAGAUGCCGAAAAACGGACUGGUCAACAAUGCUUUGUAUGUGUUUGUGUCAAAGUUACGAAUAAUAUUUAUACAGUGCAUUUCGAAAUCUC